AUUGACCGAGGACUAUAAUACGUCACAAGAAUCCACAUCAAGAUGGCCUCCAGCAAGUACACUGGUAUUGUCGAGUCUUGUAUCGAGCUAGACAGGCCUAUCCAGGCUAAAGUGAUAGGCCAGAUUCCACCAUGGUUGAAUGGGACGCUCCUUAGAAACGGCCCAGGGAAGUUUGAAUUCGGUGAUACCUCGUACAAUCACUGGUUCGAUGGCCUAUCUUUGCUCCACCGCUUCACGAUUCAUAACGGAGAAGUCGAGUAUUUCAACAGGUUUCUCCGCAGUAAGGCCUACGUUGAAAAUACGAAGGCGAACCGAAUAACUCUCUCUGAAUUCGGUACGAAUGCGUUACCCGACCCGUGCAAGAACAUAUUUGAUAGGUAUUUUUCGUACUAUUUUGGAGGUGACGAUAUUACUGAUAACGGCCUGGUGAACGUUGUCGAGAUCAAAGAAAAGAUGUACGCUGUUACGGAGACACCUUUCCUAACCCAGAUCGACCCGCAAUCUCUGGAUGUUCAGGGCAGGCUGGAUGCCAGUAAAGACAUGAAAGAUCCCCAUCCUCUCCAUAGUUCCAUAGCUCAUCCUCACCAGGAGUCCGAUGGCACUUUCUACAACUUUGGCCAUACAAGAGGUCGCUUUGCAAAGUUUAACAUCUACAUGGUCCCACCCAAAUCCAAAGAGAACACAACUGAAGACCCUUUCGAUGGCGCUAAAGUGCUCUGCUCCAUUGACGCGAAAGCCGGCGAGACGUACGUUCACAGCUUUGGCAUGACGGAGAACUUCUUCAUUCUCCUGGAAAACCCUUACUUCAUGAGCGUACCGAAGGUUCUCACGAAGAAUGUGUUUGGUUGGGCGUUCUCAAAGUGUCUCUAUUGGGACCCUAAAUGCCAAACACGCAUCCACGUAAUGUGUAAAAAGACCGGCGAAGAAAUGGCGACGUUUACCACCGACCCUGUGUUCGUAUUUCAUCACAUUAACGCCUUUGAGAACAAAGAAGAGAUUGUAGUGGACGUCGUAGGCUACAAAGACACCAAACUCGUCGAUGAUUUGUAUCUGCAUGAGCUGAAACGUCGCCUAAAGUCUGAGGAUCAAAACGAGGGACGAGUGAGCCUUGGUGAGUUCCGGAGGUACCGUCUACCCAUCCCAAACAAAAAAAUCCCAAGUACAAACCCCGAGGUACAACAUCACGUACCCAAGUUCGAAGUCCUGUAUAGUAACCUCGAGCUCCCGCAAAUCAACUACGAACGGUGCAACGGUAGAAAAUACACUUAUGUAUUUGCACUGACAGCCGCGAACUCGCCUGUGAUGGACACCCUGGUUAAGAUCAACACAGUUACCAAGGAAACCAAGACCUGGGGGAACCCUGGCCUGGUCGCCUCCGAGCCUGUGUUCGUGCCGAAACCCGAUGCCGAGGAUGAAGAUGAGGGCGUGGUGCUAUCGGCUGUGAUUGACGUCGUCAAUGGGAACACCUUUCUGUUGCUGCUGGACGGGAAGACGUUUGAAGAGCUGGGUCGGGCGGAAGUAUCUGUGAUGAUGCCCAUGAAUAUUCAUGGACGCUUUGUGCCCAAGUCGUAAAGUGCAAAGAUACGAUUGGAGGGGGAGAUGACUCAUUCAUAGAAAAACAAAUAUUCCACAUGUCUUUUCUAUUGUAACAAAAGAUAAUGGAAUAAUAAAGAAAUCAUGCAUUA